AUGAGCGAUACGUUAACGAGCCUGUACACAAUUACUCCAUCACAGGAUAUCAACUGUCCGGCAUACAACGCAACAAGCUAUCCCGAAGGUGGGGAAUAUUCGGUCAAUCACAUGGAUUUCGAACCGAAACAACUGCAGCGGCUGCACCUUUGGCGUGGAGAUAAAAUGUCAUUGUUUCAGACUCUUUACAGCAGGUACUCAUGUUAA